ACAGCCGUCCCGCUCCCACAGGCCACACUGCGCCGCGCUCGCGCGCACUGAUGACGGACUUACCACCCGCCCCUCUCCCUCGCCUCGCCAACCACCGGCCGGAUCUUCCUGCUCUACACAGCUAUUGGCUGGUCUCGCCGCCGCUCCAGGGCGGCCCGCUCGGACUGGCCGGUGAGCAGUGGCUGUUGAUAUGGACAGUGUUUCCUCAGGCUCUUCUCUGCAGUUUCUUGCCACACUACUUCGUGAUGCUGAAAAUGAAGAUAGUGAUGAAUGUGAGCCACGCACUUCUGUUAGCACCAUGACUCCUGCUAGUAUUGGGCCAGUAAAGAAAACCACUGUUACUCUUAAACUGAAAUCCCAAAACAGCAAAACUAUUUGGAAUACAGAGGAGGUUCCAGAAGGAUCUGAAUUUGACGAUACCCAGGACCCUAGAGAAGAGCCAGAGUACCAGAUUUUGUUCAAACAAUGUGUGGGAACAGAGGAUGUCUUCCUUGGGAUGAGCAGGAAAGACCACUCCACAGCCUGCUGUGAAUACAUGGUGAUUAAAAUCAAACUGCCAGAGACAAAGUGCUCAGAUAUUGCAUUAGAUAUCCAGGAUGAGGUUCUUGACCUUCGAACUCCCAAAAGGAAGCUGCUGCUACACCUCCCCUACCGUGUGAACAGCAAGGAUUGUAAGGUUCGUUUUCUCUCUGAAGAAGAGACCUUGGAAGUCACCUUGAGAGUAUCAAGGAUGUUUGACUUUAUAAAUUUUGCCUGAUGGACGGAGAAAAAGAGAAAGGUUGCAAAAAGUUAUCUCUUAGUUCGAAGUCUUCUUGAAACCUAACUGGUCAUGAAAUAGUAGAUUGUUUCCUUCCAACUGUCCAGGCAGAAUAUCCCUGAAGAAACUGAAGGAGUCAGGAGGAACACAGCACCCAUAGGUUCUAUAAGCUGAGGCUGUCCAACUCUUGCGCUGCCCUGCUUAACGUUCUGCUUCUUUCAGUCUGAUACCGGCUCUGGGAAUCGGAAGAUAGAAUAAAAUUCCAUAAAAUUCAUAUAUAGUCUUUUUGUGGUCAUGGCUGAUAAGCAGCACAAUGUGGCUCUGGCAACGCAUCUGGUGCUUAAUUAUUGUUGGAAGACUUGCAAGUGGUAAUGUUCUUGCUUGGCCUCCAAUGCUGGGACUGGGACCGGUUCAGAAUCUCCUCUUAGCUACUCCUUGACAAGAAGAUCAAAGCCCUUCAGGGAUCCAUAUCCACAUCUGAGGCGCCUUUACACUGGCAGAGCAAGGUAACCAACUAUAGUUGGAUUGUUGAACAGAUCAGCUCUUUUGAGCAAUUUUCGAGGAUGUGUGGCUCAGUGUCAUCUAUUCACCUGCUUCCCCUCCAGCUGUUUCUCUGAUCUUUCUUGAUUAAUAAAAGAAUGUGUUAACUUUGCAUAACAAAGCAUCACUUAAAUGGCUGAAAUGCAGCAAAAGCUUUUAUUUGGCCUUCAGGUCCAAUCUAGAGCUACAGAGAUAGGUAACCAAGAUCUUUUUCUCACUAGCUGUUUAGUAAAUAUACCCAUUUAACAUCACUAAUCAUGCAGGAAACAAAGGUGUUUGCUCAAUGACCAAAGUGGAGAGGACAAGCAGAGCUUUGCCUGUUGAUGGACUUUAGGUAAGUUUAACUAAAAGCUUGUAAGCACUUUAAAACUAAAAUAACACACAUGCUGCAUUCUUCUGGUGUAGAAGUAGGGGAAAAUAAUUGACCAGCUAGGCUGCAGACAGUACCUAUGCAGCUAUAUUUGUGGCAGGCUGUAAUGAGAAGAUGAAUUCUUUAUAAUGGAUUUAAGACACUGACAGUGAGUUUCCAGGUAUAGUUUUUUGUUUUGUCAGGAAUUUUCAGAAUCCACAGUAUGUUUGCAAUAAUAACUCUCGGACAAUUUAAGCUAGUGCCAGGACAUGUCAACCACUUUCCUUAAAAUUGGACCCAUUGCUUGUGUCAGAAUAAUACUACCCAACCUUUGCUUUAAUGUUAAUGCACCGGAGAGCAAAUACCGCAGUUAAGGUUCAUCACAAGCUAUCGAAUUUGCUGAUAACACUAAGGGGCUGCUGAAAUUUGUAUUUGCUUAAGUUUCCACAAAUUGCAUUUGAAUGUCUCAUUCCUGCUCUACAAAGCUGUGGUGGAGGGGAACAAUGCAGAUGUAUGAAAAGGCUGAGAUCAUUCCUCCUGACUCAGUUUGCACCGCCUGUGGUUGCCAAGAAGUUACAAUAAGGCUGUUUCUUGGAAAAAGGUUGUCUUUGUAGUCCCCAGAUAAUACGCAGCUUCAUUUUUACAUUUCUUACACAGAUUACAAGAAAAGUGGAAUAUUUACCUGUAUUGAUACACAAGGGAAGAUAAUAUUUGUCCAAAUUAAUUCAGUAAACCCAUGGCAAAGCAGAAUAGAACUCUGCUCUUCUGAGCCCUGUUCCAGUGCUCUAGCUACAGGGUAAUGCUGCCUUUAUAGGUGGCAGUAGUAAUUUACUAAGCCUUAAAUAAUCAAGUUCUGUUUAAUUUAAUGUCAAUGUUUGAUACUGAAAACAACGAUGAGUUUGGCUCAUUGUGCCUCUCUCCGGUGUUUUAGUUUCCUAUGGAAAUGAGCAUAUGCCACACGGGUAUCCAUGUCCUAUUUUCUCCCCACAUAUUUUUUAACCUGGGGGCAUUUUAAUCUGCAUUCAAGAGACAAAAAUCUGGGGUGCGUUUUAUAAUAAAGUUGGCUGCUGAAUAGAAAAGGGAACAAAUUAGUGCUACCUAAGGGUGAAGUUCUAGUGUGAUUUCUCGUGCCUGCCGGCCAGUCACUCUGCACAGCCACAUUCCAGGUGACAGUAGGUCACCCGCCCCCCUGCACCAGGGGAAGAUGGCAAGUUGGUGACAUGGCAGGACAGCAAAGGUGUUGCAGAGAAAGGGAGAUAAGCUGGCAGGGGCAAGCUGAAAUCACAGUGUUAUGGUAUAUGAACACGGGACAAACUCAUAGGAAGCCAGGCUGCGUAUUUUCCACUGCUCAAAAGUACAAGCUCUAACGCUGUUUUCAAUAGAGUCAAAACAUUGGUCUGGUGGUGGAACAUUUGCUGUUCUGACCAUCACCACCUGGAGAUGCUCUCACAUUCUCAUUUCUUCCUACCAAGGAGAAAGAAGCUGCCCUAGGCAAAAGGUAGUUUGUUUGUUUGUUUUCCAUAGAUCAUCCCAAGAAGAAAUUGGUCAAAAGGACAUGCAGGCUGUCAAGCUCCCAGAAACCAUGGGUCUGCUGCUAAAACAGCUACAAGAGAGUUUACUCUUUUGCAAGGGCUUGAAGGCAGUUUUGCUUUGCAUAACUAGCACUGGCAGAAAUCCUUUUGAAGGGGAUACAAAACCCCCUUUGCCUCUGAACAUCAAAGCUUUUGCCUCAGUACCACUCCAACACCUGCAGGCAUCUUAAUUAAUCAAAAUUAUGAGCCCAGAUAAACAACCGAGCCAUUAAGCAUCAUCAAGCUUUAUUUGGUUCCCUAAGAAACAUCUUGAUUAAAUGUAUUGCAGUUAAGUAGAGAGUAUUGUAGCUGUGGAAAUGUGAUAGAGGCUGUUUACAGCAGUAUCCCAAUAAAGUGGAGGUUGUCA